AUGAAGACAGGAGCUGUGACUGUAGCCCUUGCUGCCACCAUUGGCAACUUGUUGCAAGGAUGGGAUAAUGCCACAAUUGCAGGAGCUGUUCUUUAUAUCAAAAAGGAAUUUCAUUUAGAAACACAACCUACAAUUGAAGGGCUAAUCGUUGCUAUGUCACUAAUCGGUGCCACGGUGAUCACUACAUUCUCCGGACCCGUAUCAGACACCAUCGGAAGGCGGCCAAUGCUCAUAAUUUCUUCGAUGUUUUACUUUAUUAGUGGUCUAGUGAUGUUUUGGUCUCCUAAUGUUUACGUUUUGUUAAUCGCAAGACUUCUUGAUGGAUUCGGGAUUGGUCUGGCUGUCACACUUGUGCCCCUUUAUAUAUCGGAGACCGCCCCAUCGGAUAUCAGGGGGUUGUUGAAUACUUUUCCACAAUUUACGGGUUGUAUUGGAAUGUGUUUAGCGUAUGCUAUGGUGUUCACUUUGUCGUUAAGAUCCAACGCCAGUUGGAGAAUGAUGCUUGGCGUUCUUUCGAUUCCUUCCAUUGCUUACUUCUUAUUGGCGGUGUUUUUCUUGCCGGAAUCUCCACGGUGGUUGGUGAGUAAAGGGAAGAUGGAUGAGGCUAAAAUCGUGCUGCAAGCACUUCGCGGCACGGAAGAUGUUUCAGGCGAAAUGGCAUUACUAGUUGAAGGUCUAGAAGUGGGAGGCGAAACGUCUGUAGAAGAGUACAUCAUCAGUGCCGAUAACGAACUUAGCGAAGAUCACGUAGAAGAGAAGGAUCAGAUCAAGUUAUAUGGGGCCGAAGAGGGUCAAUCGUGGGUGGCUAAGCCGGUUAGAGGUCAAAGUUCUCUAGUCCUGGCUUCACGCCAAGGAAGCAUUUCCCACAUGAUGGAUCCAAUGGUGACUCUAUUCGGAAGUAUCCACGAAAAACAACACGAAGGCGGAAGUAAAAGUUUGAUUUUCCCGAAUUUUGGUAGCAUGUUCGGGGGAGAUCAACAACAUAAAGCGGAGAACUGGGACGUUGAAAGCAAUCACGAUAAGGGAAAUCUAUCGGGGGACGAAUCUGAUGAUCAUAAUCUUCGGAGUCCUUUGCUAUCGCAUUACUCAACAGAAGUCGAUAAAGAUGUGGCUGCACCUGCUUCUAAAGGGAGUAUGUUAAAUAUUCGACAACCUAGUGAGACGACUAACGCCAUGGGGAUCGGUGGCGGGUGGCAGUUGGCGUACAAAAAGACCGAUGAGGGGAAGAAAUCUGGCGGCCUUAAGCGGAUUUACCUUCAUCAGGAGAGUGGUGCUGGUUCUGGUGCUGAUUCUAGGCGCAAAUCUGUUACUUCGUUUGCUGGUGCAGGUGAUCAUGGUGAAGUGGUUCGUGCCUCAGCUCUUGUGAGUCGAUCGGUUUUGUGUCUAGAUGACGCAGCUGGUCCGAACGCACUUCAGUCGGGUGUGUUCAAGCCCCCGCCUUCGACUAAAAAGGGGUCAAGUUGGGCUGAACUUUCCGAGCCUGGUAUCAAACAAGCGUUGAUUGUUGGCGUAGGGAUCCAAAUACUUCAACAGUUUUCUGGAAUAAACGGGGUUUUGUACUACACCCCUCAAAUUCUUGAACAAGCGGGCGUCGGGAUUCUUUUGGCGAACAUGGGAAUUGGUUCAGAAUCGGCUUCUUUUCUCAUCAGCGGUGUCACGACGUUCUUGAUGCUUCCUAGCGUUGGUGUUGCCAUGAAGCUUAUAGAUAUUGCUGGUCGAAGGAUGCUGCUCCUAGCCACGCUACCGAUACUUCUUAUAUCACUCAUCGUACUAGUUGUGAGCAAUACCAUUCCUAUGCGGUCCGAUAUCCACGCCGUUAUCUCCACCAUAAGUGUCGUAGUUUACUUUUGCACCUUCGUGAUGGGCUUUGGUCCGAUCCCCAACACACUUUGUUCAGAGAUCUUUCCUACCCGCGUUAGGGGUCUCUGUAUCGCCAUUUGCGCACUUACAUUUUGGGUAGGUGACAUUAUCGUGACUUACACACUUCCGGUGCUACUAACCACCAUUGGCCUUGCGGGUGCUUUUGCAAUCUAUGCGGUCGUGUGUACCAUCUCUUGGUUUUUCGUUUACUUCAGAGUGCCCGAAACAAAGGGUAUGCCACUUGAAGUCAUUACAGAAUUCUUCGCCAUGGGUGCUAAGAAGACAAAUUGA